UGAUUGGGUGGAAGAUGGCGCUGGCCGAAUGGAAAUCCUAAUGACAGUUUCCAAAUUUGCCUCUUUUUGUACCAUGGGCGCCAAUGCCUCCGCUUUGGAGAAAGAGAUUGGCUCGGAGCAGUUCCCUGUCAACGAGCACUACUUCGGACUGGUCAACUUUGGAAACACCUGCUACUGCAACUCGGUGCUCCAGGCUCUGUACUUCUGCAGGCCGUUUCGGGAGAAGAUCCUGGCCUACAGGAGUCAGCCGCGGCGCAAGGAGAACCUGCUCACCUGCCUGGCUGAUCUGUUCCACAGCAUUGCCAACCAGAAGAGGAAGGUGGGGGUCAUCCCUCCGAAGAAGUUUAUCACGCGGCUACGGAAAGAGAACGAGCUCUUUGAUAACUACAUGCAGCAGGAUGCUCACGAGUUCCUCAACUACCUGCUGAAUACUAUCGCCGACCUGCUGCAGGAGGAGAAGAAGCAGGACAAGCAGAACGGCAAACUAGCCAACGGCACGCUAGAUUCGCAAAAGAGUAACAGCAGCCCACAGUCCUCCACGUGGGUCCACGAGAUCUUCCAGGGCACGCUGACCAACGAGACGCGCUGCCUCACCUGCGAGACGAUAAGCAGCAAGGACGAGGACUUCCUGGAUCUAUCCGUCGAUGUUGAGCAGAACACUUCAAUCACACACUGCCUCAGGGGGUUCAGCAAUACAGAAACCCUGUGCAGUGAAUACAAAUACUACUGUGAGGAAUGUAGGAGUAAACAGGAGGCGCACAAAAGGAUGAGAGUGAAGAAGCUUCCCAUGAUCCUCGCUCUGCACCUGAAGAGAUUCAAGUACAUGGAGCAGCUCCAGCGUUACACUAAGCUAAGCUAUCGCGUGGUCUUCCCUCUGGAGCUCCGCCUCUUCAACACGUCCGGAGACGCCACCAAUCCCGAGAGGCUUUACGACCUCGUCGCCGUGGUGGUGCAUUGUGGAAGCGGUCCCAAUCGCGGACACUACAUCGCUAUUGUCAAGAGUCAUGACUUCUGGCUGCUGUUUGACGACGACAUUGUAGAGAAAAUUGACGCCCAGGCGAUUGAAGAGUUCUACGGACUUACCUCGGAAAUCUCCAAGAACUCCGAAUCCGGAUACAUUCUGUUCUACCAGUCCAGAGACUGACAUAGUUCUGCACAGCGCUCCCUCGUGGACACCUGAGGCUGGACCAGACACCGCUGACCCUGACAGCUAACCAUUGCUUCCCCUGCGAGUCCUGACACAGCGGUCUGUAUGUGACGCGCUCACAGGGGCGUUUGAAUGUCGUCUGAAGGUUGUGUAUAUGUUGUGAGAAUGUUUCACCACACUGGCUGAACCAUGUCCCAUAACAGAACUGUGUUAAAUGUAAUAACUGUCGGGCAUCUGCUGUCCUCACAUGCUGCAACCUUUUCCAAGCCUGAGUGAUCAGAGGCCUGCGCAUGGGAAAAUAAAAAAGGGCGUGUCCUGUGUCGAGGGGGAGGGGUUUGUGGGUUAUAUGUAUUUCUACCUUGUACAUAGUGGUUAUUUGUAUAAAUAUUAUGAAAUUAUAAUAAUAUUACUGAUAUAGGUGAAAAAGAUUGAACCAUGAGAAUAUGUAUAACACUAUGGUGCACUUUUGAUACAGUUUUGUAGGUGUUGGCAGGUUCAUGUGAGGGUUUGCUUGAGACGGCCUGUUGUGAAAUAAUUUUCUGUUUUAAAGAAAAAGAAAUAAAGUGUAUAGAUCGAGACCGAGAAUAAGACUUAUGCUACGAUCCUUAGUCCUCAAGCUUCAUCCUGUUCAGGGUCGCAGUGAUUCUGUUUCCCACAACUGAACACUAGGAGAUUUAAGCCUACUAAUCUCAUAAUAUUUAAUAUCCUGAUCACAUUCACUCUGACCGAGGUCAUUGCUUCUUUUUCACCUGCACAAUGCGGGUUCAUAUGGAGAUCCGUAUAGCGCAUGGAAAGUCACGCACUGAUCUCCAUUAUCCCCUAUCUCUGUGCAGCACCAUCGAUCAGCCAGCAGAGGUCGUAUUUGCAGCAGUUAUGUUAAAUUGUAAUUUAAGACUUAUGCUACGAUUCUUAGUCCUCAAGCUUCAUCCAGUUCAGGGUCGCACUGAUUCUGAUUCCCAUAACUAAACACUAGGAGAUUUUAGCCUCCUAAUUUAGUCCUAUCCAAUUUCCUGAUCACAUUUUACCUCUUUUACUGCUGCUGACGUCCACUCUGACCGGAGGGCAUUGCUUCUUUUUCACCUGCACAAGACGGGUUCAUAUGGCGAUCCAUAUAGCGCAUGGAGAGUCAUGCACUGAUAUCCAUUAUCCUCUGUCUUUGUGCAGUGCCAUCGAUCAAGCAGCAGAUGUCACAAUUGCAGCAGUUAUGUUAAAUCCCCACCGGCAAUCCACCCUUCAGACGAGCCAAUCACUGGCGCUCUAGCAUGUUUACCGCUCAUAGUGUAUUAAUUCUAGUUACAUGAUACACCAACCCUGUGGGGCAGUUGUCCUAUUAGUCAACACUCAGAAGAUUUUAAAUGCUUAGUGUAUAUAUGACCUGGCCUUUACAUUGUCGUGGGUUUAGAGGCUGCUGUGCAACAUAAAAACCCAUAGCCAUGUAAAGUGCUGGUUUUCCCCUUGACAUUGGCAAAUAUACCACUGUUCCAUGUACUUUUAAUAGCUAAAAACAAUCCCCAUUUUCGGAAAGUCAAUCAUAAUCGCUAACGGAGAAUUACUGUGCUAAGAAUUGUCACUUGCUGUAUGUAUAUUUUGAACCCAACAGAUUUUGAGCCACAAUAAACUAUAAAAAAUCUCAAA